AUGGAGACCGAAAUGGAAGCACUCAAGAAGAAUAGCACAUGGGAGAAAUGCACCCUUCCACCAGGAAAGAAACCAGUAGGAUGUCGUCGGGUGUUUUCAUCAAACACCGGCCUGAUGGCAAAAUUGAAAGAUACAAAGCACGACUGGUUGCAAAGGAAGAAAUAUAUUCUUGACCUCCUAGCCGAAACCGGAAUGAUUGAGUGCAAACCGGCGGAUACCCUAAUGGUGGUUAACCACAGCCUACACAUGGAAGAUAGAGCAGAACUAGCAGAUAAGGAGAGAUAUCAACGAAUGGUGGAAAAACUGAUAUACCUCUCCCACACUCAUCCAGAUAUAGUUUAUGCAGUAGGAGUGCAUCUCUCCAAAGGGUACACUAAAGAAAUGCAUCCUUCCUACAUUAACAGCAACAGCAACACUUCUUUCUGCUACUACAACCAUGAAGAACCGAAUUUUAUGCCUACUAUUAUGCAGUCCACAAUGGAAAAGCCCAGCAACAGUCCUGUGGUUCUUGAAAGUAACUGUACUUUAACGGGCAGGGGUCGAUCUUCCAAGAAAGACCGUCACAGCAAGAUUAACACAGCUCGAGGCCCCCGGGAUCGACGAAUGAGAUUGUCCCUUGAUGUUGCUAAGAAGUUCUUCAGUUUGCAAGACAUGCUAGGCUAUGAUACGGCUAGCAAUACUAUCGAGUGGCUGCUCAUGAAGUCGAAACCCGCUAUUCUAGAUCUCCACCACCAGAAGUUGAACCAGGGCUGCAGCCUAUCCCACAGUCCAUCUUCUGCUUCAGAAUGUGAAGUUCUGUCUGGAAUUGAUGAUCAGUCAACCGAGAAAACUGAAGAGGAUAAGGUACUCAUAAAAGAGAAGAAAAAGCCUGAAAGAGGAGUGAGGAAAAGUGUUUAUAUUGAUCACUCUCUAGCUAAAGAAAGUAGAGAAAAGGCAAGAGCAAGGGCAAGGAAGAGAACAACGGAAAAGAAACUUGGUUAUGAUGGUGCUGCAGAUUGUCAUCAAUAUUCAAAACUUAGACCUAAUAUGGAUCAGGUAAUGGAUCAAAACACAAACCGAUUAGGGUCGUGGAUCCCCUUCGGCGAAAACCAAGUUCAGUUAAUCGAUCAAUCCGAAUAUCCAAACUCAAAUUCUCAGUUUAAGCAAGGGAUUGUUGGUGAUAAUUCAUCCAUGAUGUCAAGCAACUGGAGUCCAUCCUUCUUGUUCAAUUUGCAUAACCCUGGACUUUCUCAUGAGCAUCAGUUCAGUGAUCUGCAGAUUCUUGGUAAACCAUGGGAAGGCAUCAACAAUUAG